AUGAGCGGAACGAACAAUAUGUCAAUAAUAUCCAAGAUCACUUAUAGACGGUUGAAUAUGAUAAUUUACCACGUUAUAUCUUCGCCCUCGUUGUUUUUGCUUUCUCAUCGCUUUUCAGACAAAGCACAGCAUUGCUGUUUGUUGAAAUCCACCGAACUUUCCAUUGCAAUUCAAGACGCAACGGAAUAUAGCCUUAAAAACAUGUUCAAACAAGAUGGGAAGUUCAAUGUUUCACGUCUUGCUGAAGAUAUUCCCCCACUCAGAAUUCAUUCUGUGGUCGAGUGCCGAUUCCAAGCCUUUGUCCGUUCUAAACUCCAUUGGAUAAAGACGCCAACAAUGACGUUGUAUAAGAUGUUGUCUAGCUCUUGCAUGGCUUUCAGUAUUGUUUCACGGCGCAAUCCUUUUCAGUUCAUUAUCUUUUCUUUCCCGAAGGCAUUUGGUCACAACUGCGCUACGGGACAGCAGUCGAUACGAAACAAUCCAACAUAG